AUGGCGAUGACACGGAAGUCUUCAACUUUGCUCAAGUGUCGCCUGCAUGAACGCUCGAAAAAAAUAUUAGCACUUGUACCUAGAGAGCGUGCACCAUCUGAAACAAGUGACAAGUCAAAUUCUGGAAAUGAGCUUGAUGAGUCGCAUGAUUCUAACUCCUCCUCGCCUGCACCAUCGCUUGCUUCCUCUUUAGAGCGCAUGAAUCUUUUGGAUGAUUCCUCUGAAGCACUACCUGAAAACCAAUCUGAAACAGACGAAGACCCAGAUUUAUCUAAUGUUCCUCUAACUCCUAUUUUACAAGAAAUUCUACCUAAUCCAACACAAGAACCAAACUUUCAAAACUUGCCCUCUAUAUCAUCUUUACCAUCUUUACAUACCCCAUCCCCAGUCACUAGAAAAAGAAGACAAACGGCUACUUUUGUAGCUAAAAAAAGGCCAAGAGAACUACAAAAGUUGACACUCGACUUCAAAUGGAAAAAAGGUACUUUUUCACACAAAGCUCAAAUAGAAGAUCCGGUUAUGUCUGGAGAUGCUUCCGAAGUUUUGUCACCUUUACAAUAUUUCCUUUUUUUCUUCUCACCAGAUAUCAUAACAGAUAUAGUCAAUGAAACAAACGCUUAUUCAGUCCAAAGAACUGGCUGA